GGGAGACUGAGCCCGUGUAAUGAAUGCAGUCACGUCCCAAUUCUUCGCUGAUGAUGCAUUCUGCUUUCUUCGGUCCGUUGUGCACGGCGAGCUCAGAUGCCAUCUGGUCGGGACUACCAAGGCGGCUUCGUCUUUGUGAACGGUGAUGGCUCUACACCGAAAGAUCUCGCCUACCGAGACAAAGUAAGGCGCCAGGUCUCUGAUUACCGACGCUGGAAGAAGAGACAAAGAACUCGGCAAUUGCUCGAAUCAUCCAAGUUCCUCGAGAAUGUCCCUCAAGAUGACACGGACGAUUCUCCACCUGAGUCAUCUUCCACCCAAAGGCCCAUCCUGCCUCCAUUAUCAAGCAGUCCAGUCAGAUUGAUGGGAUUGAGCAAGAUCCCACGUCUGCUAGAGAUCCUCCUUCACAAUGGGAACUCCGAUCCUUUUGAUGCGCUUCCAGAACAGGUUACAGCAACCGUCAAUGACCUGCUUGCGUUCGAGCGAGACUGUGUCUACCCAGCUAUCAAGAAGAUGGAGCACCACAUCACACCCAGGGAGACCACCUUCUCGAGCACGUGGUACGUCGAGACUAAGGCCUAUUUGUACGAUAGCAUGGCCGUACACAGUUAUCUCUCUCGAAUCGCUACCAACAUGUACAUGGUCACAGGAGCAUCGCCGUAUCUUGACGCGGCGCAUGAAUUCAGGUACAAGGGUGUCACCGCCCUCCGCAAGUACCUUGACAGCACACCAAACAUCGACGUGCUGCGACUGUACAGGGGUCUCUUGAUCCUGCUAUUCGCGGACAGUGUCCUAGGGGAUAGGCAUGCUAUGGAUGUUCACGUCGCAAUCUUAAAGGACAUCUUCAACUCUCACUAUCAUACCUUAACAGUUGAGCCUUCUUUCAAUCUCCACCAUUUCAUCAGCAUAAUCUACCACGACGUCCAAAAUGCUGUUAUGGGCCUCUCACGUAUUUCGUUCGACUUGGAGCCUAAGGGGUGGGUGGUUGGCCAAUUCGCGCCUCUUUGGAACAUGGUAUCAGCGACUCUAGGCCCACACAUAAUUCACAGAGUUCGACAUGUGGAUUCGUCUCUCAGUCGCGGCUUGCAAGCCCUGUUUCUUGACGUCCAAGAGAUCAUCGACAUCAUUGUCACGAUACGCCGAGUUCCCUCAUUGAUCGGCUGUUUUACUUGGUUUCAUGCCAUAUCGAAGAUCACAUUGGCCGUGGGAAGGCUGAUGACCUAUUACGCGGACCUGGAUGCCAACAAGGUUCUCUCCUCGGAUGUGGACCAUACAACUCCAGAACCACUCUGGCUUGCUAAGCUGGGAGAGGCCGCUGCUGCCUUGUGUGCCGUGUACUGGGUACGCGAAAUCGGCGGCAUCGAAAGCGUGUAUCUCUCACAUGAUAUGAGGAUGUUCACAGCCAAUCCGAUUAUCAUGGCGAAGCUUCGAACGAUCCUCGAGCACAUGUACGCCCUCUUUGGAUCCUACAGCAAUUCCCGAGAGAGAUACCAUCCUCAACUGCUAGUCUGGGUCUUGUGGACAGGCGCAACAGCAGAAAAAUCCAUGCAAACAUCAGUCGAGCCAGCCUACCCAGGCCCGAAGAGGCCUGAUGAUACAAACUGGUUUACACGGCGGUUCUGCUCUCUGACGGAGCAAGUGAGAUUGACCUCAUGGCCAGAGUGCCGCGAUAUGCUCGAGCGUUUCCUGUCGCUUCGGGGCCUCGACCGGAUUGGAGACAACGACUGGUGCAUAGAACAUUUCGGAGCCUCAAAGAGUGAAAAGGCUAUCAAGCAGUAAUGUAUGGGCUGACACGCGAAGUGCACAAGAUGCUGCCUUGAACAAGCGUGCGAUGAGACUGGGCUCGCGGCCAUCCAGUUUAGAGGUUCACGUUGGCGGCGAGCCAUGGUACAGCUGUAGGAGAAUUGGGAGAGAAAAACAAUAGCAGUACAAUUUCCGUUUCAGCAAACACUUGCCAAAGAAGCCUCAAUUUUCG